AUGAACCCCAAGAAUAUCUGCUUCUUGGCCUAUGUCUUAUUCUUCUGUGUGAUCUCAGCAAAAAGCCGAGUGCCUACCCAAGCUACCAAAGACAUGGGGAAGAACAUUCCUAAAUCAUCAGACCCCAGUGAGGUGAAGCCCACUAGAGGUCUAGGUCACAAGAAGCCCAAAAAGGCUGAUAGCCAAAAAGUCCUGGAGGCACCAAGAGCCAGAAAGUCAAGGCCCCGAGUGGAAGCUCAGCCCUCUGGAGCCCUGGUAUCCUCACCUCCUUCCAUCUUGAUCCAGGUGGUGGGGAAGGGCCGGUUCCAGAAAGUGGGGGACUCCCUGAGUCUGAGAGCAGGAGAUGCCCUGGAGCUUCGGUGCCGGGGAAAGUCUGUCCACUGGAGGUUCCCAGUUUACCUGGAAGAAGAAGGAGAGGGGAGACUCAGAAUCAAGCAUUUUACCCAAUACAGCCAGCUGCUUGUAAUGAACUCAACCAUUGCAGACACAGGAGAAUAUAGCUGCUGGUCUCGGUACUGCCAGGAUAGUGAGUGUCGGGAUGUUGAGGACCGCACCAACAAAACCUUUGUCUUCUUUACAGACCCACAGGAGCUCUUUGUCCCCACGGAAGACUAUUAUGAAGUGGUACAGCUUCGGACCAACCAGCCAACUCUGCUGCCCUGCCAGGUGACCAGCCCGGAGGCCCAUGUUACUCUACACAGGGAGUUUCCCCCUGAGGAGGUCACUGUGGACGGAGUGGAUAUCUCCUUUGAUGCCAAGAAGGGCUUCACUGUCCAUAGACCACGGGCCUCACUGGCCGGCUCCCUCUUCUGCAUGGCCAGCCUGGGGGGUAUUCGCCAGAUCUCUACCAAGUACCUACUGAUCUAUAUCAACUACCCAUCCUCCUCUCCCAAACCCACCAUCCAAGCCUCAGCAACCUCUGUUCCCUUGGGAGAAAAUUUCAAUGUGACCUGCACUGCUCUGGGAGAACCCGAGAUCACUGUGGACUUCACUUGGGAAUAUCCAGGGCAGCUGAUGGGUCGCCCACCCUAUGUCAGUGAAUGCUCCAGUGUGGUGCGCAGAGCUGGCCAGGUACAGCAAGAAUGGGAGAGUGUCUUAUAUAUUGAGGAGGCCAGAGCCAAGGACCAAGGCAUCUAUACCUGCCGAGCCACAAACCUUCAAGGGACCUCGACAGCCAGCACCCGAAUUCGAAUCCUCCAGCCCUCACGGAUCCUGGUUUCAGCAGACAAGGCUGGUGACCAUUAA